AUGUACUCGCUGCUCAUCGACACCUACGUCAAGGACACCGCCGAGAAGGCCCACCUGUUCAACGCCGCCCAGACCAUCCCGUCGAUCAAGAAGAAGGCCGACUGGGCGCUCAAGUGGAUCGCCACCGAAGGCGUAGAGACCUUUGGUCAGCGCCUGGUCGGAUUCGCCGCCGUCGAGGGCAUCUUCUUCUCGAGCUCCUGCUCCAUCUUCUGGCUCAAGAAGCGCGGCCUCAUGCCCGGCCUGGCCUUCUCCAACGAGCUCAUCAGUCGCGACGAAGGUUUGCAUUGCGAUUUUGCCUGCCUCCUCUACAGCAUGCUCGUCAACAAGCCCUCGGAUGACGUGACCAGGCAGAUCAUUCUUGAGGCCGUCGAAAUGGAAAAAGAGUUCGUCACUGAAUCGUUGCCGGUCGCCCUGAUCGGCAUGAUUCUGGGGUCAGUGCGGACCGAGAUCUGCAUCAUUGCGUGGGCACGGGGUGGUACCGAGUGGAUGUUCUCGAUGGCAAUUUGGAAACCAUAG